AUGAGUUCUUCUCCGCUGGGUUCCCGUGGCAACAUGGACAUUCUGGAGGAACUGCAGCUGAUCGCAGCCCAGAACCUGGAGAUGCUAGAGACCAACAAGUACUAUGAUGUCAUCAGGGAGCUGGGCAAGGGCACCUACGGCAAGGUAGACCUGGUCAUACACAAGAUCAGAGGCACCAAGAUGGCCCUGAAGUUCCUGAGGAAGAAGACGACCAAGCUGAAGUCGUUCCUGAGGGAGUACAGCAUCUCUCUCUACCUCUCCCCCUGUCCCUUCAUCAUUAACAUGUUUGGGAUCGCCUUCGAGACUGACGACUACUACGUGUUUGCCCAGGAGUAUGCCCUGUCCGGGGAUCUCUUCGACAUCAUCCCUCCACAGGUUGGUCUCCCGGAGACAGUUGCUAAGCGCUGUGUGCACCAGGUUGCCAUCGCCCUGGACUAUCUUCACUGUAAGAAGUUGGUGCACCGAGACAUCAAGCCUGAGAACAUCCUCAUCUUCGACCGCGAGUGCCGCAAGGUCAAAUUGUCCGACUUCGGCAUGACACGCCGCGCUGGGUCGCCGGUCAAACGUGUGAGCGGUACCAUCCCGUACACGGCUCCGGAGCUGUGCGACGCGUCUCGCCACGAGGGUUUCUGCGUGGACUACAGCACUGAUGUGUGGGCCUUUGGCGUCCUCCUCUUCUGCAUGCUGACCGGUAACUUCCCCUGGGAGAAGGCCCUGCCCUCCGACUCCUUCUACCAGGAGUUCACACGCUGGCAGAGGCGCCGCACGGGCGCCGUACCCUCGCAGUGGCGCCGCUUCACAGAGCAGGCCCUCCGCAUGUUCCGCAGGCUCCUCUCUGUGGAGCAGGACCGACGCUGCUCUGUUAAAGAGGUGUUUGGCUACUUUAGCCACAGCUGGAUGCUGGAUGGAGACAGCAACGGGAAUGGAGGAAGGGGGAGCAGUACGUCGUCCUCGUCUGGGGAGGACGAUGAAGACAUGCUGGUGGAGAGGAUGAAACAGCAGACUCUGUCUCCUCUCUCUCCUCUGUCUCCUGUGUCUGUGGAGAGGGGGAUUGGGGGGACGAAGGCAGGGAUGAUGGAAUCAGGUGGAGGACACCAUUUUGUGUCUGUUUCCACCACCAGCUCCGUAUCCUCUACUAACAGCUAUGAACGCAUGCCCAGAGACAGCAUCAGCAACAACAACCAGCCCCCAGGACGCAUGCUGGUGGCUACACCUAUAGAGAUCUGUGUCUGA